AUGCGGGUCCAACAAUUAUUUUUGAUCAACACCCUUGCGGCAGAUGUCUCUGCAAUCAAAACCUGGCUCGAUGAACAUUCCGUGCCAUACGGUACUCGAUCGAGUCCUGCUGAGUUUAGGGACUUUCUCGUCGAGCAUUAUGAGUCUUUGAUUCCAAGCUUUAAAAGUGUAAAUGAUUUUCAACGAUCCAGCUGGCUCGGUAAAAAAACCAACCCUUCGUAUUUUGGCACAGCCAAACACAAGAUCAAUCAAGCUAGCCACAAAAUAGGAGACGCGGCUUCUGAUGCAAAAGAUACCACUUCUGAUGUGUGGGAGGACCAGAAAUCUCGCUUUUUUGAUGCUUGGAACGACUCUCAACUUCGUGCUUUCUUAGCUCGUUACAGUGACGCAUUUGCUCCUAAAGAGAAGAAAGGCUUGCUUGAGAAGCUCUCUCCUGCUUCUCUUCGUAAGCUCGCCGUUAAGGAGUAUAAGCGGUUGGGUUCCAAACUAGGUGAAACUGGCGAUUGGGUAUACGAUACCUGGUCUGACAAUGAGCUUCGUACCUGGCUUCACAAUAUGGGGGUUCCGAUUCAGGCUCAUGAGUCCCGUCAUCAUAUUCUCGAUAAGGUCAAAAAGACAGUGUCUGAAAAGUUAGAUUCUGGCAAGCCCAUCAUUGAAUCCACCAAAAAGGAUGCCACAAAGAAAGCCGGCAAAGCUGGUCAUUAUGUUGACAAAGUUAGUGAGAAAGCCGAAGACUCUGUGGAUUAUGCCUCUGGUAAAAUCACUGAAACCGGCGAGAGGGCUAGUGAAAGCUUACAAGAAGAGGCUGACAGGCUUCAUGAAGCUUCAAAGGGCAAAGGCCGCAUCGCUACUUGGUGGUCUGAAUCUGGAUUAAAAGCAUAUUUGGACGCUCGCGGCAUUCCUGCUUAUCAACCAUCUGCUCUUGAUAAACUAUGGGCAAUGGCUCGUCGCCAAUACUACCUUAGGACGAACGGAUACAAAGCUUUGAAAGAAAAGACAAAGGAGCAUGCAUCUUCUGUCACUGACACUGCUUCAGGUGCCGCUUCUGAUGCUUCUACGGCAGCGACCGAUGCAUUCCACGCUGCUUCUUCAAACGCUGGCCAACUCAAAGAUGAGAUUAAAGGCGCAGGAAGCUCAAAUGCACAUGUUGUUUCUUCGAAAACUGGGGAUUUAAAGCAUAAGGCUUCGGGUGUUUCUUCUUACGCAUCUGAUAAAUUUGAACAAGGUUCCGAAAUAGCCAAAGCCCAAAAGGAAGCUGCUUCUUCGAAAGCUCGCGAAUUGGUUGAUGAAACCGUGCUAGAAAAGUGGAAGGACUCUAAGCUGCGCGAAUUCCUCUAUUUGCGUGGUGUACCCGUCCCAAAGAAGAGCAACAAGCAACAAUUGAUAGACAAAGUUCGUAAACAUUUCAACAAAGGAACUAUUCCUCACUGGGCGGUGUACUUCAACACGCUUAGCUCAAAGGAAUUAAAUAAUUGGAUCCAAGAUUACAAGAAAUACUACCAUGGCAAGCUUCAUCCUUCUAAGGAUCGCGAGCAUUUGGUUCAGAAUGCUUGCAAUAUUUAUCGUUCCCUUACAAAUCAAGGCGAUAAGUCCGUUCUUAAGAAGGCCCAGAAGAAGUUCCCAAAAGCUUCCCUUUCCGAAUAUACUGACUGGUCAAAUGAGGAUUUGAAGUCUGCUUUGUCUGAAUACGGAGAGCCACCAGCAAAGCCUUUUAAUCGCCGUGAUGCUAUUGAGAAAUUAAAACAUCACGACUUGUUGUUUUAUGGACCUGUUCUAAGUGAAGGACAAACCCAAGGUAUAUUUGGAUUUUUGCAACGUGCAGCCAGUUAUUUAGGGUUUGGAAAGCGUCCUACUCCUGAGAAAAAGCUUGAAGAAGACAUUGUUAAAGCAAAAAAAGAUUUACCGAAAAUGGCUUCUAAGUACGCUACAUCCGCCUCAGACUAUGUGGAGUCAAAUGCCAAAAAGUUCCAAACAGCUUAA